AUGUGAUAUGUAAUGCAAAUAGGUUUGUGGCAUGCCUGUUGACCAGACUACUGACUUCCUAACUGCUUACUCAUGGGAUGUAUUCAACGUUAUAGAGCCUCACACAGCCCACUUCAAGAGAGGAAUACAAAAGAGAGGAAUAGGAUUAGUAUCAUACAUCUAACGCACCAGCCGAUGCAUCUCACCUCACAAAGAUGAAUGCAAAGUAGUUCAGAAUAUUUUUUUUAGCAGAAGAAAAAUACUGUUCCGGAAGGCCACAAAAUGAACUCCUGUAGAGGCAUCACCCUCCUCUUACUUGGGCUGUUUAUCCAGGGUUCAUCUACAGCAAAUACAACACAAUCUUACUACUUUGAGCUUGAAGUAGAGUCAAGUGCAUUUGGCAGUUUCAGUUUGCUGCUUGGAAAUAUUACAGUGCUCACUGUCGGAAAUGCCACAGUAUCAAGUAUCACCAUAACAACAGACUGUCAAUCCAACAUCUGUAGCUGUGCACAAAACUACAGUUGGAGUACAGAUGUGUGUAACAUACAUCCUGAGUGCUGCCAGAAUAAUAACUCAUGUUCAUCUGUCCUUCCUGGCGCUAUGUGCCUCUACAAAAACAGCGUGCUUGUUGAUGGAUCAUUUACCAUUAAAGAUGGAAAAUUACCUGCCAAUCAUGAUGAGGAAAAAAAGAUUUUAACUAAAACUCUAAUUUCCACAUACAGCAGUAUGAACUGGUUUGACUCACUGAAUAUUACAAACCUCAGGUCAGGUAGUGUCAUCGGAGACUUCGUAAUGCUAAUAAAUGGUCCAUUUGACCUGAGCAAACUUGUGAACACGACCAAUAAGCUGCAGAAUACAUUAAAUGCCACUUUCACCAUUAUAACCUCAGGUUUUAUAACAAUUACAGCUCCAGAUCGUAUUGGUUAUGACACUGCUGUUAACAUCACAUGCACCACACCAGACAGCCUAGAUAAUGUAAAUUGGUACAUACAAAAAGGUGCAAGUAAACAACGUAUCACUAAUGGCACUGAAGCCACUGUAACUCAGGAUGUUCUAAGUAGCAUGAUUAUUCUUAGUAAAGCUUCUGAAAUCUGGAAAGGGAUAUUUAUAUGUGAUUACACAUCUGAAAACUCUUCUAACAUAAUACACAGAGCAAGUGUAUAUUUGGAUGUUGCACUUUUGCCCCAAAUCUUUAUCACCAGUUACCCACAAUUCCCAAAUUGUCGGCUGCACAACACGGAUAGUGUUAUGGUUAAGUGUAUCAUAGACAACAGCACAGAAACGUACAAUGUUACCUGGUUGCCAGUAGAUUCUGCAUUGCAGCCAACAACUUCUAUAGGCAAUACUACAAUCUACAAUAUAAACAUCAACAUCAACUGUCAAGAGAAAAAGGACGUUUAUAAUGCUACAUGUAUAUUUACAAAUAGAGAAAAUAACACAAGAAAUGCCACUGUAAAGAUACCAGUCAUUUAUGCCGACUCAAUUGUUUGUUCAUCGAGUGAUGACUGGCCAGAAGCAAAGGCUAAUUUCACUGCCAUACUGCAAUGUAAUGCUAAUGAAAUUGGUUUUAAAUCAAGAGACUGUGCAAACAACAAAGAUAUGGGGGUUUGGAAGGACGUAAACUCUCAAUGUGUAAACACAGAAAUUUGGAACCUGUUGGCUACAGCUCAGAAUCUUCAGAGAGGAUAUGGGCUUGUUAAAGACAAUGCAAACAAUCUGUUCGACCUUUUAAAGGUGAAAAGUGAGGAUCAGAUCAUGAAUACAUUUCCAAAUAUUAAUGCAUCAGUGGAUGUAUUAGACACCCUGCAAAAUGCUUCUAAAAUACAAAACACUACAUUCAAUGAUUCUAUGGUCACUAAUUUUGUGAAAUCUUCAAGCAAUCUUUUAAAUAUAAGUUUAAAACAGACUUGGAAUUCACCGGCCAUUGAGAUAAAUUACAGUUUGGCUAUUAAAUAUUUAAAAGCUGUUGAAGGAGUUGCAAAUCAAAUCGAGACAAGCAAGAACCAACUAUACGACGAAGAAAAUGUAAAAUUAAUGAUAUGUAACACAUCUGUGGAAUCAUGCACUAAAACUUUCAACAUCAGUUUGGAGGAUGAUAAAGAAGGGACUAUUUAUCAAAUUAAGAUAAAUAAUCUACCUGACCUGCUACCACAAUAUUUGAACAAUGAUCCAAGUGAAUUUAUAUUGUCGGUCACUGCUAAAAAUGCACGCAAAAUCUCAAUGGAUUUCCCAACCCGGAGAGUUCCAAACCACAAAAUAUUUUGUCUGUAUUUUGAUUUUGAUACAUCCAAGUGGUCUGAUGAUGGUUGUAAAUGGGGUGGGGUAUUUCAACCAAAUACCUGCAUAUGUGAUCACUUGUCUGCAUUUACAUCUCUAAUGUCUAAAGAACCUGUGGUUCUAAAGUAUAUGGAUGAGAUAACUUAUACAGGUUUAGGGUUCUCUAUUUGUUCACUUGUUCUAUGUUUAGCAAUUGAGUUUGUGGUAUGGAAUACUGUGGUAAAGUCCAAUAUCGCCCACUUUAGACACACUGUCUUAGUAAAUAUUGCACUCUGUUUGUUGAUAGCACACGGUAGCUUUCUAGCAGCUUCCUCUCCAAAUCCAGCUAUCAGCCAGUGGUGUUUUGCACUUACAGUUAUGAAACAUUUUUGCUUCUUGGCUGUGUUUUUCUGGAUGUUGUGCAUGAGUCUGGGGCUCCUACACCAAAUGAUAUUUGUUUUUGUUCAGUUAAGGAAAAAAGUCUAUUUGGGAUUCUGUUUUUCUCUUGGUUAUAUCUGUCCUUUAUUUAUUGUAAUAUGUACAAUCAUCACUUAUGAAAAUGGUCGCGCUGACUCAUACUAUGUAAAUGAAACGUGUUGGUUAAAGUAUGAGAGUGCACUACAUGGGUCAAUCCAUGCCUUUGUUAUUCCUGUUGGUGUAAUUGUGCUUGUGAAUAUGUUCACUAUGGUUGUGGUUAUUAGCAGGAUCUUAAAACCUACUUUGUCUGAGGGAAAAAGUCAUGAUGAAAAGGAAAUUGUAAGAAGUGUUAUCAGAACUGUUGUCCUCCUAACCCCUACGCUUGGAAUAACAUGGAUCUUUGGCUUCUGUGUGCUACUAGUUGACCUCACAAUGUACCCUUUUGCCCAGAUUGUAAAUUAUGCUUUUACCAUUUUCAAUUCUUUUCAGGGCUUCUUCAUUCUACUAACAGGAUGUUUUGGAGAGAAAAAGGUUCGAGAUGCACUGCUCAUGCGCAUAAGACCACAGCAUUCAGCACAUUAUACAAGUAAAAGCUCAACGUCGAUGACAGCAGCAGUUAAAAAAAAAUAACUGAUCUGUUCUACAAAGGCUUAUAUUCAAAUACAAGCUCAUGCAACCAAUAAUCUUGGAAGGACCAGACCUGCUUUUCUAUAUGAGUACAUAAAUUCAUAACCAGCAUAGCCUUUAGUUUGUCUUGUUUAUUUUUGUACUAAGAUAAACCUACAUAUCUAAUUGUAUUAAAUAUGUGAUUGUUUAGAGCUUUUUUAAAUGCAGAUUUGUUUAAUCAUCAUAUUAUGCUUGGCUUGUUUUUGAACUCCUUGAAAUUUUUGUAUCAUAUUUAAACUGUUUGAAUUAAGAUUAUGCAUGUAAACACUUACUUUCUAUCAAAAGCAAUGCAUUAGUUAUUAGUUACUAUUGAAUGCCAUGCUGGCAUAUUAUUAUUUUCCUGAAAUACUGAAACUUAAAUGGUCAUAGUGUUUUGUAGAUUCUUUCAUAAAUAAUGUCAUAGUUAAUAGUUAUUUAAGAAAUAAUAUAGUGUCCUUUAGACAUAUAUUAAUUGCAUGUAGAGUUUAUAAAUUAAUUUGAUCUAAAUAUCUUCUUUGCUUCACAUUAAGAAAAAAUAUACAUCCUUAAUGUAACGCUUCCAUCCAUAACACAAAAAAACACAGAAGAUAAUUUUACCAAGAUAAAAGUGAGGCUUACUAACAUAAUAUAGAAAUCUUAAUGUAAUAUUUGGUUAUAUUUUUCCUCUUAAAAAUCCUUCUUGCUCUAAAUUGGCUUGAAUAUACAACACAAGAACCACAAUUCUGUUAUAUAAUUAAUUUUUGUUUUCCUGGCUGGUGUAGGCAAUAUGCCAGUAUACAAAAUGUCUAUGUUUAAUGCUUGGAUUUUACUUCAUGAUAUCAUGUGAUUAUUAUUAUUAUUUAUUUAUUAUUUUUUUAUUUUAUUUAUUUAUUUAUUUUUGCCUUGCCUUGCCUCAUGGUUUUUGGUUUGUUUUUUGUUUUUUAAUAUAAAUAAAACCUAACAUUUCAUGGCC